GUUGCAACCUUAGUUGCCCUACACAAAAUAAAUUUUGCCAAAUUAAAUAUCUACAACCGAUCAAUUUAUGAUGGCUAGCUCAACCAUGCUGACUAAAAAGGCGGUAUGCCUAAUCUUCAUAACCAUGAUAGUGGUUGCACCUCAUGCCGCGCAAGCCUUUUCAUGUGGGCAGGUGGUAACAAUGCUUAUGCCAUGCCUCAAUUACUUGAAAAAAGGUGGAUCCAUCCCAGCGAAUUGCUGUGGAGGGGUUAAGAACUUGGCUAACUUGGCUAAGACUAGGCCUGAUCGCCAGGCAGCUUGUAAGUGCAUCAAACCCGCCGCUAAGUCCUAUGGGAUCAACUAUGACCUUGCUAACAAGCUCCCUAAGGCGUGUGGUGUCAAUUACAAGAUCAACAUCAGCCCCGAUAUUGAUUGCAAUAAGGUGACGUUGUUCUGAAGCUGAAGGUGACUAGCAUGCAAGACCUAGUAAGAUCAUUUCGUGGAAUAAAGAGUCAAGCUUUAAAUAUGGAAUAUCUAGAAUAAAGUUUAUGUAUAUCUAUCUUUGAAAUUACUGGAAAAUCAUGAAGAGUACCAAUGAGUAUCGAUCAUUUAUUAUUUGGAAGCCUAUACUUUUCCAAUGUAAUACAUAAAUAAAAUUAUGAUAUACGAAGUAUGUUGUUGCAUACGAUCCUAUGUGCUAGCU